AUGCCUCCCCACGCGCCCAACCACGGCUCGACCCACGUCGUCAAAGCGUCACAGAAAGUCAAGCAGUUCUUUGGGAUCUCAAGAAACAAGUCGGACCUCGUCGACAAGCACGACCAAACCACCGAUCUCCUCUGCUUUCAAGGCGAUCGACAAGAAUUCGGGUACUGCAUAGAAAGCGGGCUUACGUGCCUGCCGUCCGUGCCGCUCAGCGACCAUCAGUGA